AUGGGAGGCAUUGGUAAGACCACUCUUGCCAGAGAUCUCUAUGUACAUUCAAUUGUGGGGCAUCAUUUUGAUGUUCGUGGUUGGGUUAAUGUGUCUCAAGAAUAUAAUGUAAGUGAUAUGCUUUCACAGGCACUUUCUUGCCUAGGGGGAUUGUUUGACAAUAAAACCGAUGAUCAGCUAGGUGAAGAGUUGCAUAAAAGUUUAUUUGGUCAGAGGUAUUUGAUCAUAUUGGAUGAUGUGUGGAGUGUUGAGGCCUGGGAAAAGAUACAGUUUUUCUUCCCCCGAAAUGAUAAUGGAAGCCGAAUUGUUGUAACGACCAGGCAACAAGAACUGGUUGAUUACUUUGGCUCAUCUUCGCUUGUUGUGGAGUUUCUUGGCUAUGUAAAUAGUUGGAAGCUUUUCUGUGACGUGACAUUUGCACAGCCAGAUUGCCCUCCAGAACUAGAAAAAAUGGCGAAGGAGAUUGUCAGGAAAUGCAGAGGACUUCCACUAGCAAUCUGUGUGAUUUGGGGACUUCUUGGAAAGUCACCCAUGAUGCAAGAGUAUUGGGAGAAAAUUGCGAAAGAUAAGAGCUUGGUUAUGGAAUAUUCAGAAGACCAUUCAAUAAAUGUGUCCAAUCUUAUCAGAUUAUGGGUUGCAGAGGGAUUCAUAAAACCAACUAGAAACCAAAGUUUGGAACAAGUUGCAGAGGGUUAUAUAAAGGACCUUAUUGAUAGAAAUCUCCUUUUAGUUGGUGAUUUGGAAAAGAACAAGAAAAUUGCAAGAUGUUUCCUUCAUGAUCUUGUAAGAGAGUUGUGCAUAAGGACAGCAGAGAAAGAAAACUUUUAUUGGUUCCAACGAGACAUAGUUGGAAGGCGUCAGCACUUCAUAUAUGAGGAAAGAACGAGAGGUUUUUAUCGUCAAAGAGAAGCGCCACUCAAGUCUAGAUUGUCACGAGUGUUGGUUGAUGAUCACGAUAGUUGCGUACUCCCUUCUUUUCAGCAAGGUAACAUGCGCUACAUAUCCCUGAAAUAUUUUACAUGUGGUAUGCCAAUUUCUUUAUCAAUUCCUCGGUCGAUAUCAUUGUGUUGGAGUCUGCAAACUUUGAUCGUAGAAAAGUGGCUGACAGAAAUUGAAUCAUCCGAGAUUUGGAAGAUGUGGCAACUUAGGCAUAUUGAGAUUCCCUUAAUGAAUCUUAGUCAUCCUCCUUGUGGUGACAUCUUUGUAUUACACAACUUACAAACACUCAAGAGGGUAAAGAAUUUCAUUUUCACAGAAGAGGUGUGUGCAAGAAUACCCAAUAUUCGGGAAAUGGGAAUUGUAUACAGCUUCAAUGAACAAGUUGGGUUAAGUUGGGGCAAGUUUCAUCUGGAGAAUGUUGGCCGCUUAAACAAGCUUGAAUCUCUACGGUUCCAUUUGUUGGGAAAGGUAUAUGUAGGUGAUCCUUUUGAUAACCUUAAACUGCCGAAUUCACUCACUGAGCUUGUUUUAGGCAAUUGCAAGAUUGCAUCGAGUAAUAUGGCAAUUCUUUCGUUGUUGCCUCAUCUUCAACUUCUUCAAUUGGAAGACCUCGCAUUUGGAACAGAAUGGAAUCUUGUUAAGGAGGAAUUUCGUAGCUUGAAACAUCUUGUGUUUUUGAAUUGUUUUGAGCUGACUAACUGGAUUGCAGACAAGUCCAGUUUUCCGGUGCUUGAGACGCUUUGGCUUUGGGCUGUGCAUAAAUUGGAUGAAAUUCCUUGCAGUAUUGGAGAGAUACCCACACUUGAGGAAAUACGGGUUGUGUUCUGCUCGGAAUCAGCAAUAAAGAUGUUAAAAGAGCAAGAGAAUCUCGGAAAUCAAGCCCUUCAACUUCAAAUUUUAUUCGAACAUGGAACAUGGAGGGAAAAGAUCAAAGAACGCUUCGCGUCCCAAAACAUUCACAUUUUCUGA